GUGCCGGCGGACUCCAGUCUGAGUCCUCCCCCCUGAACUUGAGCAGCAUAGCUGCUGCGCCCGGGAAUAGCCGGCGAGACCUUGGAAGCGGCAGGAGCCACGACGUAUCAGAGCGCUUGGACGUUGACGACGACGAUGCCUCUGUGGACUUCGACACCGCCUUCGAGACAGCUCAG